GUGUGUGUGUGAAACUGCGCAAUUGGAGCUUGCUAAACUUUCCAGGGGUAUUCUGCACACCCUCCGUUACCCCAGAGAGCCUUUAGUUAACCUGCUCUCUGCAAGUUGCUAUCUUGCCCGAAAAGGGAGUGGGCUGUUCCGGGGAAGGAUCUGCCCGUGGUGGAUCAUCUUCUGGGAUGCAAUCGGUGUAUCAUUUUUUUGAAACUGUAACAGUUUUUAAGAUUGCGUGGCUGCAGCGCUGCCAAUCAACGGGAGAGAUGUUACAAAGCAGGUCCACUCUCGGAUAUCAACCGAUGUGUUCGGCAGAGUCCGCCUGCUCUGCUCGGUUCUCCUGGUCUCUCCGAAGCAGCAGGAACUGGAUACUGCCGGCCCCUGAUCCAUGAGAACCAUGCCACCGUUGUGGCGAAUGCUGUGCGGAGAAAUGCUGGAGCCAUCCCUCUACCAAUGACAUGUCGGCGUGUACGCUGGGAAAAUGACCGGGAAUCUUGAGGAGAACAUGCCCAGAUAGAAUUGUCCACAUUAUUUCCUCUUGGACUUCAACUUCACGUGGAUGAGACAAGGUGGGAUUGUUGACUAGUGGACUCGGACUCGUCUCGUCUCUCCCCACUCGAUUUCUUCCCCACUGGAAAGUAAAAGGCGGCUCUGGAACCACUGAUUAAACACAGGGCGACUAUGAAGAAACCAACCCCUCACAGGGACAGAUAUGUCUGGAGCCAAGAGUUUUAAUAGUCAGGACUGGAUGCAUCAUCCGACGGAACAGGUGGGGGUACGGGCUGCCCGUGAAGCUUUCCCCGUCAGUGGCCUGGGACGGCAGCCAGGGGGCUGGGGCCCAGCUCCCCAACGCCCCUGGUCUCACAGCAGCAGGUGUUCUGCCAGUGUCGGCCAGCCCCAGUACAACUCCUACCCUCCGCACGUUCCGAGCUUAGGGCUCUCUGUGAAGCCUUACAGUACAUUAGGGUUGCCUCGAGCACUGCACAGCAAGCUUGAGGGCAUCCACGGCUGUGUGCAGUCCCUGCUGCAGGAGCAGCCCCAGCCCCGCGUGUGGGAGCAGCUGGGACAGAUCUACGAGUCCGAGCAGGAGCUGGACGAUGCCAUCAAGUGCUACCAGACCGCGGCGCGGUACACCAGCGGCUUCAGCUACGCCGACCUCAGCAACAGGAUCAGCCGGCUGCAGCAGGUCCAUGUCUGGAAGCUGCACUCCAGCGCCCCCCAGAGCCGCUCGCGGGCACUGCCGCCCCUGCAGGAGGUCUGGAGUUUGUUACAACAGAAGAGAAGCUACAACACCAAGAACGGCUGUCAGCUGAAAAGACCAGGGGGUCCUGCAGACCACUGCUCACCUCCACCCACUCCCUCGCCCUCCCUGCACCAGGCCGCCUGGUCCUCGCACGGCAGCGAAGUUCCGAACCCGGUGAAGAGACGGCGAAGUGUGAGCCCGGACCAUGCACCGAGUCACCAGCAUGCCCACGGUGCAGGAACGCAGAGGCUGGGGGAGACCACCCACUCCGGCUCCCACCUCCACCCCCACCCCCAAUUCCAGCCGCAGAGAACGGACGUCGUCUCCUGGCACCACGCACACAAGGAACCAUGGCCGCAGGGAAGGAGGGAGGCAACGCCCGUCGUUCAGGAGCACAGGAAACCAGAAAUCCACCCUUCCACGCCCAGCACCCCCACCGUCCUGGUCACCACAGCAUCCGGUGAUAGUGCUGCCUCCUCGCAGGGAGGGUCCCAUGGCCGGGCAGCCUGCCAGGGGCAGGGGGAGAAGGAGGGCACAGGAAGGAGGCCCAGAAUGGAGGGUGAGACCUCGCCGGGAGAGACUGCUUCGCAGCAGAGGACAGCGGGACCUGACCGGGGAGUGUCGUGGACAGUCACCCCCAGCCCCAGCCUCCAGCAUUCAGAGGUCAAAGGCCGGGCUCCGAGCAGCCGACAGGAGCGGGAGGCAACGCCUCGCCAGGGUGGGGGCAAGGCCGCCGAGAAACCCGAGGCUGAAGCUCAAUCGUGUAUCCCCCCCAACUCUGUGCGUUCCUCACCCAGCCAAGCCAGGGAGGAAGGAGAAGGGGAGCCAGGCCGCCCCCAACCCCAGCCCCGUGCCCAACCGACCCCUGCCCUGCGGCCGAGUGGGACGCCACCCACCACCCCAGAGCAGCCAGACAGGAGCCCGCCUGCAGCCAAGGAUCAACGGGUCCAGAAGAGCGGAGGGGCCUUGGCUCAGCCCGUCCGCGACGCUCCUUCCCCGGCCUUGCCUCGGGAGCCCUGCCGGGCCGCACAGCCCCGGAUGCCGCCCCUCUCCGGCCCUCACCGCACUUGCACCGACCAGGAGGCCAGAGGUAAGCCGGCCCCAAGGCUGAUGCUCCACCAGGCAGCCGGGGCUCCGGCCUCAGUUGGUAGGCCGAGCCGGCCAACCGAUGAGGCCCUGAGCCUCCCCGAGGGCCCUAAGCUGGCGUGUGCGGUUGGCGGUGCUGAAGGCCGCUGGCUGCCCAGGCCUCCGCCUCUCACCUGCGGCCUCCCGGCCCGCACAGUGGCAGCAGCAGCUCUGCCACAGCCGCGGCCUUCCCCCCCUGCUAUCCCCACCCACCCUACGCCCUGCACCCCAAAGCAGGAGGCCUUACCAGCUCUCGAAGCCCAGCCGCCCAGUGUGGCGGCAGAAACCGAGGCUGAGGCAUUGGGCUGCCACCGGGCCGAGCGUUCACCUGAGCCCGAGGAAGAGAAGAGGCUCCCCUGUAAGGCAUCUCCGGCCUCCUCCUCGCCCAACGACCGGUCCCCAGCCAGCCUGCCCGACAGUGAGGUGUGGAUCAAGGCCGUCUUCGCCGACGAGGCCCGACAUCAUCGGCGGCGUCACCACCACCACCAUCACCGGCACCGACAUCGGCCUUCUCCCCCUCACCCAUCUCACGCGCAGGCCGCCGAGCCCCGUCCCGAGCCCGACACUGCCCACGCCUCCCCCAAAGCAGCAGAGUCACCGGCCAAGCGGCCCGCCCCCGAGCCCAGCCCUGCCCACGCCCCGCCCCAGGCGGCCGAGCCGCCCACCAAACAGCCGGCUCCCGAACCCGCGUCCCCGCUGGCCUCGCCCAGCCCCGUCCGCGCCUGCGAGAACGUGGCGGGCGCUCAGCGCCCCUCCUCCAGGGCAAAGGCCGCCGGGUCGCCGUCCCCUCCGGUCGCCGGCGGGCAGGACAGGCACCGCGGCAAGCACUCGGCCCGGGACCGUGGGCGCCGCAGCAGCAAGUCGGGGAAGGGGAAGCAGCGGCGGAUCCUGGGCAACAUUGAUCUACAGAGCAAAGAAAUCCAGGCCCGGGAGAAGGGCAAGGCCGAGGGCGCCAAACCCUCCAGGCCCUCGGCGCCGACCCUGGAGGAGCCGGAGAGGGCGGAAGGCAAGCGGGCUGAGCCGGCGGCCCCGGCCAGCAGGGAGUCAGAUGCUGGCAGCCGAACCUCCCUUGGGCCUUCGGACAUCCUGCGCGUCAAAUCCUUCCCCGAGGGCACCACCAAGGAGCUGAAGAUCAAGCUGGUGAAGGUGGAGAGCGGCGACCGGGAGACCUUCAUUGCCUCGGAGGUGGAAGACAGGCGGCCCCGGCUGUCAGAGCUCACCAUCGAAAGUCCCGGGGCCGAUAUCAUCACCGCCUGCAAGUCCACCAAGCUGAAGGGCAAAUUCACGGAGUCCUACGUGCUGCCCGCCAACUCGGUGAAGCCAGGCUGCCUGACAGAGCAACAGGCACAACGAGAGAAGCUCAACCCUCCGACGCCCAGUAUCUACUUGGAAAGUAAGCGGGAUGCCUUUUCGCCUGUGUUACAGCAGUUCUGUACGGACCCAAAGACACCGAUCACCGUGAUCCGGGGGCUGGCUGGAUCCCUGCGGCUGAAUCUGGGCCUCUUCUCGACCAAGACGCUGGUGGAGGCCAACGGCGAGCACGCGGUGGAAGUGCGGACCCAGCUGCAGCAGCCGUCGGACGAGAACUGGGACCCCUCGGGGGGCACCCAGACCUGGCCGUGCGAGAGCAGCCGCUCCCACACCACCAUCGCCAAGUACGCCCAGUACCAAGCCUCCUCCUUCCAGGAAUCUCUGCAGGAGGACAAGGAAAGUGACGAGGAUGAGCCGGAGCCCGAGGCGGAGAGGCCUGCCCCGACCACAAACAGUGAGAGUGGACCGCAGGUGCCACUGAAAGUGAUCAAGUUUGGCACCAACAUCGACCUCUCCGACCCCAAGCUCUGGAAGCCACAAUUACAGGAGCUGCUGAAGUUGCCGGCCUUCAUGCGGGUCUCAUCCAGCGGGAACAUGCUGAGCCACGUCGGUCACACCAUCUACGGGAUGAACACAGUUCAGCUCUACAUGAAGGUACCAGGCAGCCGGACUCCAGGGCACCAGGAGAACAACAACUUCUGCUCGGUCAACAUCAACAUUGGUCCCGGGGACUGUGAAUGGUUCGCUGUGCCUGAGGCGUAUUGGGAACAGAUCAGUGACUUUUGUGACAGGCACAACGUGGACUACCUGACAGGCUCAUGGUGGCCAGUGCUGGAGGACCUGUAUGCGGCCAAGAUCCCGGUGUACCGAUUCAUCCAGCGGCCCGGCGACCUGGUGUGGAUCAAUGCCGGCACGGUGCACUGGGUCCAAGCCACGGGCUGGUGCAACAACAUCGCCUGGAAUGUGGGGCCCCUGACCGCCUAUCAGUACCAGCUGGCCCUGGAGCGCUAUGAGUGGAACAAGGUGAAGAAGGUGAAGUCUAUCGUCCCCAUGAUCCACGUCAGCUGGAACGCAGCGAGGACUGUCAAGGUCACCGACCCUGACCUCUACCGCAUGAUCAAGUACUGUCUGCUCACCUCCCUGAAGCACUGUCAGCUUCUCCGCGAUGCUCUCAUCAACAGCGGUAAGAAGAUCAUCUUCCAGAGCCGGAUGAAGGAGGAGCCCACCUAUUACUGCAACGAAUGUGAGCUCGAGGUUUUCAACCUUCUCUUUGUCACAAGCGGUAGCGGCAGCCGCAAGUCUUACAUAGUGCACUGUGAGGACUGUGCCCGCCAGCGGAGCCCCCUGCUGCUCAACGUCGUCAUCCUGGAGCAGUACAAGAUGGACGACCUGGUGCAGGUGUACGAUCACUUCACGCUGGCGCCUCAGUCAGCAUCAUCCAGAUGACCAGCUCUUCAAAAGCCAUACCAAAUGCUUCUCUCUGUCUGAGGUUCCCACCCCCCAGCCCUACACAUCCUGCACCUAUUGUCCUGCCAGAGACCAGCCUCGUGCCCCCCCACCCUCACCUGGCGGAGUUUUUCAUUUCACAUCAGCCAAUCAGCGACGUGUUUACUCAACCUCAUCAUCAGCGGCUGCAGCUGCUGAUUGGCCACAUGAUGUGGAGUAACAAGAUGACCGACCCACAGGUGUAUGACAAGAUGGCCGUCCCACGGGUUUGUAAUAAGAUGGCUGCCCCGCAGGUGUAUGACACAGUGGUCACCCCGCAGUGGUGUGGUAACAAGGUGGCCGCAAUGUAGGGGUGUGACAAGAUGGCUGCCCUGCCGGUGUGUGACAAGGUGGUGGCCGCCAUUGCAGGGAUGUGACGAGAUGGCUGCCAUUGCAGGGGUGUGACAAGAUGGCCGCCAUUGUGGGGGUGUGACAAGAUGGCCGCCAAGCAGGGGUGUGACAGGAUGAUCUUCCCUCCCCUCCCUCCCCGUUGUCACUGAAGCGGCGACCAGCAGUUUACGUUCUCGAACCUCUAUCACAUGACUUGAUGCUGCAGCAAUACCACUUUGGCCUUCGAAGAUGGGAAGAGGAAGAGAGAAAAAAUGGAUUUAAGAAUAAACUUUUUUAUUACAAAAAAGUAAGCAUUAAGAAGUGGUUUUGGAUUGCUAAAUACGGGUUAUAGCAAGAAUUAUUUUUGUCUUAGCUUGUUUGUGUUUUUAUGUAUUGUGUUAAUUUGAUUUAGACACACAGACCCACAGUGAGGACCCCACAUAUAAAUUAUCAAUAUCAGCAAUCAUUCGAUUUACCUCCAUUUUUUUUUUAAAGAAAAUUUUCUAAUGUACAGUUUUUGGUUUUAUUUAUAAAAUUUUCUAUUUAUUCAUUCUUAAUGGUUUUUCCCCUGACUUUUCACAUAUUUUUAAUGAUUUGGCUUCAUUACACUGAACACUUUCAACAAGUUUGAGAUCCUGUCCUUUAAUCCUUUUCCUUUUCACACCUCUAGCCCCUCUUCCCUUUCUGUAUCUCUCUCCUUCCCCUUCCCUUGUCCCUCUCUCCCAAUCUCCUUCCCUCUCUCCUUUUCCUCUUCCCUUGUCCUAGUCUCCCCCUCCACCAUAAGAACCCUCCUACAACUGGAUCAGAUCAAUCUCAUUUCAUUUUCCCCUUGAAUUGUGUGCUGUUAUUUUUAAUCGUAUAAUUAAAAUUGCGCUAGGGGUUAUUUCCGAAAUGCGAGGUUAAGUUUUGAGAUUCACUAUUUUUUGUUGGAUUUUAUGACGAGGGUAUGUUUUGAAGAUUACUGCACUGUUAAUACAAACUGAGCCAGAAUUGUCUUAACUUUGUGAAAUGGUCUGACCUAAACCAAUAAAAGCUUUUGAUAAACUUUAUUUAUUUUUCU